UUUUCUUCUCCUAACAAAAUAUCACGCUUCGGUUUCCUGACUGUGCUCCCCAGCUCAACCUUCCCAGAUUUCCCUAUGGAUUCUAAUAAUGGCAACUGUAGAGGCGCCGGCAUCGACCGCUGCAAGUGCAAGCCUGUAAAGGCUACCCAGAAGACUUACCUACGCAACAACUACAACUACGUCAUUCGGGCUAAAGUGAAGGAGGUGAAGACUAAAUGCCACGACGUCACCGCAGUAGUGGAAGUAAAGGAGAUCCUGAAAUCUUCCCUAGUGAACAUUCCAAAGGACACUGUAAACCUUCACACCAAUUCUGGCUGCCUGUGCCCACCUCUCAGUGCCAAGGAAGAGUACAUCAUCAUGGGCUACGAGGACGAGGAGCGCUCCAGGUUACUCUUGGUGGAAGGCUCCAUAGCUGAGAAGUGGAAGGAACGUCUUGGGAAAAAAAUAAAGCGCUGGGAUCAGAAACUCCGCCACCUUGGGAAGGGGAAGGGAGAGGCUGGACACAGCGACUCGGCUCCCAAGCCUGGCAAUCCCAGCAGUGCCCAGCAGCCACGCAGUUAAACCUGGGCUGCUGCACGCUGACAUGCAGGGGGACUGUCUACCAAGACUUCAUUGUUGGAGCAGCAAAGGAGGAAUUGCACUAUUGCACGUUAUAUUCUAUUGUUUACUACAAAAUAAUGUUUUAGCUUUUAUUAGUUUUUAUUCUCCCUCUCGUUUUCCAACUUUUUUUCUUUUUGGAUAUGUGCAAGUUCUGGAAAUGUAUAUUUUUUUGUAGAAAACUGCCCUUAUGAGAUGAAGAAAGACAAGGACAUGUUCAAUCUACCUUUUUUAUCCCCUGAAUCUUCUUUGGGAGAAAGUUCUGAUGCAAGCAGGAAUGAAAUCCGGCAAAGACCAGUGCUUAAAGUCAUGACUCACACUGGCUUUCCCUGUUCACUCUUUCUUGGUCACUGUUUGCUGAAACUUGCUCUCUUUUGUGUAGGUUGUUAUUUGGGCUUAAGUGUGUCAUUUUUUAUAUUUGAAAUAUAAUUCUGAAAUAUAUAAUUUUUUUUUUUUGUUAAGAGAACUGUUUGAAUCAAUACAGUUUUCUUAAGUUUUCUUACAGAUAAACCACUUGUAUAAGGCAGAGUCUAAAUCUUUCCUGCAACAAACACAAUGUGCAUUCACACAGGGAACCUGGGUUUUCCAGUGCUUUGGACCUUGAAGGAAAGAUUGUCUAGUUCUGUAACCAUAAUUUAUAACAUGUUUCUUCUCUUAUAAUGGCAGUUUUUAUCCCCUUUUCUCAGCUGAGUUAUAGGAGUAGACAGACUUGCCAGGCCUGCUUCUCAGUACAGCUGCAGUUUUAGCCUUUUGAUUUUGUGUUGUUAUUCUUAAGUCCGUGCCUACAUAAACAAAUGUUCAAUACAUAUGUCCAAUAAAAGAAUUGUAGUCACCAACACAGACCUUA